CCAAGUGAGUUCCAAAAGCACUCGUCAUUAAGUCUUGUCAACGAGUCACAUCCAAGUUUGGGGGUAGUCAAAUACGCCUGCUUACGAUUAAGAUGACGUCGACAAUGAAUCCAAAUCACCAACUCCGUCCUAUCUCAGCAUCCCAACAACACAUUUCCGCACUUUGCGUUAACUUACCAUACCGUUGAAGACCUGUCUAACUUGAAUGAACAACGCAACAUGCCAUCCCCGGGCAGAGACCAUUACAUCCAAACUUCAGGGUCGACAGACCCCGUUUGGGUGCACAACGACCAAUACUCGAACAGACCUCAAUUCCGACCCUUGAUAGAGGAUAUCGAGACGGACGUCUGCGUCAUCGGCGCGGGCAUUGCAGGAAUCUCGGUCGCCCACGAGCUGGUCGCACGCGGCCACGAAGUAGUCCUCAUCGAAGCACGCGAGACCGUUUCCGGAGAGAGCGGCCGGACUAGUGGCCAUUUAUCAAACGCGCUUGACGAUGGAUACACCAAUAUCAAGAAGAAGCACGGCAGGGGCGGAGCCCAAGCUGCCGCAGAUAGCCAUACCUGGGCGCUGAACCAUGUCGGCGAGGUGGCGAGGAAGCAUGGAAUCGAGUGCGAGUAUCGCCAUGUCCCCGCGUAUAAGAUCUCCCAGUUUGAGCGGGGCGACUCUCACCACGGCAACGACGUAGAGGCGAUCAAGGAGGAGGUCGAAUUGGCAAAACAACUAGGUCUCGACGCCGAUUUCCGCGAGGGUCUAGCGGUGAAGGGGUGGACUGGCAAACCCGACCAGCGCGACGGAGCCGUUUUCGCAAACCAGGCAGCUUUCCAUCCCACCUUGUAUCUCGUCGGCGUCCUGAACUGGCUCAAAGAGCAGCCAAACUUUCGAUGCCACACCCUCACGCGCAUGUUGACGAUCGAGGAAGGGACCAAGGGGAUUCUGGGCAUGGGUGGCAAAUCUGUAACUGUGAAAACCGAAGGGGGCAAUACGAUCCAGUGCGAGCACGCCGUCGAGGCGACGUGCGUCCCGCUUCAGAAGCUGAGCAUCAUUGCCGAGAUGUCCUACAACCGCACCUACUGCAUCGCAAUCCGCGUGCCCAGGGGCUCCGUCGAGGACUGCUUCAUCUACGACUCGGCCGAUCAGUACAAAUACGUCCGCCUGACGCCGUGCGACGAGCGGGACGACUUCCUGAUUGUGGGCGGCUGCGACCACAAGGUCGGCCAGGAGAGCCCGGCGGGCCGCUUCGAGGAUCUCGAGGCCUGGACCCGCGAGCGCUUCGCGCAGGCCGGGACGGUGGACUACAGAUGGAGCGGACAGGUGUACGAGCCCGUCGACUUGGUCGCCUUCAUCGGCAAGAACCAGGGCUGCGAGCGCAUCUACGUCGUGACGGGCGACUCCGGCAACGGGCUCACGCACGGCGUCAUCGCGGGCCGGCUGCUUGCCGACGAGAUCGAGGGCAAGGAGAAUCCGUGGGCGGGGCUGUACUCGCCCAAGAGGAUCCUGUCCAUUGCCAAGUCUGCGCCCGAGAUGCUGGCGCACGACGUCCAGAUUAACACGCAGUACAAGCGGUUUCUGGAGUCGGACAUAGGCGAUAUCGAGGAUCUGGCCCGCGGGUCGGGUGGCGUGCUCAAUAAGGGCUUGUUGUCGAAGCCGGUUGCGAUCUACAAGGAUGAGGAUGGACAGGUCACCAGGAUGAGCGCGCUGUGCCCGCAUAUGAAGGGUAUUGUGUGCUGGAAUCCGGUGGAGAAGUCGUUCGAUUGUCCUGUGCAUGGGAGCCGGUUCUCUGGCACUGGAAUAUGUGUCGAAGGGCCGGCGAAAGCAAAUCUGCCGCAGGAAGCGUGAGGGAAUAAGUUAAAUAUCAUGGCCAAUUUUCCAUCUAAGCGAUCGUAUAAGUUGGGCUAGCCCUCCAAGAG